AUGUUUCUAAUAGUCUUUGGUUAAUUUAUAAUUAGAAAAGUCAAUCGAAAUGGAGUCCCUGUUUUUCAAGAAUAUUGGGUUCGUAUCACUAUUGAAACUCUGACUAUGCCCUUCUUAAAAGCUUCUCUAAUGAUGUUAAGGAUUAGGGUAUUAUUACAAUUAUGAGAUUAAAUUGAAAAUAAUAUUUUUUUAAUUGUAAAAUUAAGACUAUUUCAUUAUUAUUGUAUAAUGAAGUUAUCAAAAAUUUUUCAAAACCCUGGGUUCCAAAUUCAAAAAAUAUAAAUCUUGAUGACAAAAAUUUCAAAUACACAGAAGGAGCAGUUGAUUGGACCAAUGGAUUGAAAAUUAUGUACUUCGAUGUUAAGCACUAAGAAAAAUGUGGCUCAUGCGGGCGUUCGCCUCAAUUGGAGCAAUUGAAAAGAAUUCUCAAUUAGUAUACGACAUUACAUACUUUAUCUGAAUAAGAACCCGUUCAUUGUUCAAGACAAUAUGGAAAUUUAAAAUGCGAUGAUGGUUGGAUGAUGUUGCUUUUGAAUAUGUUUCAAUGA